AUGGGCAAAAAGGGGUCGACGUCCAGCUUAAACACCUCCAACUUGUGCGCCAAUCAGCACGAUAAUCCCUGGGCUGCACACGAACACCAGCGCUUUUUGUUGGCUCUGGAACAGUUCGGAGGAGGUCAAUGUUCCAGUAUCGGCCAAGCGUGGCAAUCGAUCACAACCGCAGUGGGAACUCGAGACACCGCUCAGGUGAUAUACCAUGCUCGUCUCUAUUUCGCUCAACUCCAGUACUUGAACAUCCAGAAGCGACAGGAACAACAACUCAUGCAACGGGUGGAUCAGCGUUGGACUCAAGAAGAAGAUGCAGCAUUCGAAAACAUGCUGGCAGCGUAUAGCAGUACUUCAGUCUGCUAUCCAUGGGAAACCAUGGCGUCUCGACUUCCGGGAAAGAGUCCAGUGGAUCUCAAAGAGCGAUUCCAGAAACUCUGCUACGACGUCGCAAGGAUCGAGAACGGGCAGCACGUUACAAUGCAGUUAGGCCAAUUCCCUCGUCACCCGGAACUUCCAUUGUCCUCAAAAGCUGCAGCUACUAGAGAAAGCGAGCGAUUGUCACCACACAUGUUCUCGCCUCGAGUCCUGGAUAGUGUGAUCACACUAACCCCCGCUGAAGAACAAAUCAUGGUAGACGCCAUGGCUGAAGUGUUCGUGCCUCCUGAAGCUCCUGCAGAUUUGUUGGCUGGGAUCGCAUCAGCUGUUGCUGCGUUUACAAGCUCGAACGGAAGAGUGCCACCUCAAAGAACGCACCCGUUGUUCACCAAAGAACAGACUCUUGAGGUGCUCAAUGGACUGCUAGCAGCCCAGCAGACGGAUGCGCAGAUCGUGCUGGAAACUCGGAGAGUUCCGAGCCCAAUUUACAUCUACUAG